GUGAUGGCUGCUGUUGGGGAAACGGUUCAGCUGCAGCCCAAGACAUGGCCAUCGUCCUGGGUGGCAAUCAACUGGAAAGUGAAACUGAGUUUAGAGGGCUACUGGAUCCUCAGACACGAUCAGAACAGGACCUCGUACAGUCCAUUUCUGCCCUUUGCUGACAGAGUCUCUUUCCACCCUGGGAAUCUCUCGCUGCAGAUUAACUCGGUCACAGAGAAAGAAAGUGGCCUCUACACCAUGGACCUGAAGCUGGGGGAUGGCUCUGAAAUCACCAAUAAUUUUCAGCUGUUUGUGCUUGACCGUGUCCAGCAGCCCAACAUCAAGGCAUCUACUUCCCAGGAGCGUGGACGUUGCUACCUUACCCUGUCCUGCUUGGUGCCCAAAGCUGCCGAGGUCACCUACAGCUGGUCUCGAGGCGUAUCUUCACACCCAGCCCCAGAGGACCACUGGCUCCAAGAGCAUCAAGCUGAUCUGCAGCUGGAGAUCACUAAAAGCAGCAGCAACACCUUCUAUCACUGCAAUGUCAGCAAUGCCAUCAGCUGGGACAUGGCCACCAUCGAUGUCGAACCGCUGUGCAACUACACAGGUAAGUGCCCCCUUUGCACCAGACAUAUGAGUGGGGACAGGGAUGUUUAGCAUCUUCCUGGGUCCUAUGGAGCUGGUUCGUGAGCCUGACCUGAAUGAAACCAGAGGAAGGGGCCUAGCAUCCGUGAGGAUGUUCUAGCUGCCCAGCCUCCAUCCCGGUCUGGCUCAUCUGAGAGCCUGGCAGACUGGUGGGGCUGGAUCUCUGGCUUUGGGGAACCUAGUUGGAAGCCGCAGAGCUGGGAGCACCAUUUCCCCAGCACUGGGGCAGUGUCCCAGUGGGGCUGCCCCAGAACCAGGGACGCUGACUGGUCUGCCUGGAAGUAGGGAGACUCAUUGCAGGUCUACACCCUCUCCCAGCCGCCCAAGGGCAACACUCAAGCACGUCCUGCCUCCCCCUCCCCCUGCACACGCCAAGCCCAGAUAGAUGCAGCAAAGCCGUGCGCCAGAGCAGUGGCGUGGGGGCGCCCUCGGCACGGCCUCGCCGCCUCCUUCCCGGGCUGGUCCAUGCGGAAGGAGCAGGAGCAGGUUGUGCUGGAGCACGGUGCCAUGGGGCAUGCUGGGAAAAAGCAUAGAUGUGGCCCGAAAUCCCUGCAGGUGCCUGGUUCCUGGUGGGUCGGGAAAGUCUAGAGCCUGGGACUGUGCGAGCACAGGGUCCUCUGCUGCGUCUGCAGGGAAAAACUGCCCCCAAAACUAUGUUGUGGGGGAGUUCCCAGCCCCGGGCGAUCUGCCUGCCAGGUCUCUCUGGAGCUGGUUCCCAGGGAAAUGAACAGGAGACCAGCUCUGCCCCAGCCCUGCCUGCCUCGCCCUCCCCGUGCUCUGCACUCCUGUUACUUGGGCCCCUUUUGUGGAAGUGCCGUAUGCUGGGGCAUCCCCUUGGCUAAGCCAGAGACCCCCAGGGCUGUGUUGGACUGGACCUGGGUGAAAAGUUUCCAUCAGAUUUGUGUUUUGACUGAAAGCCGAGAUUAAACUUUUCACUAGAAUUUUCCAAAUUCUUUGCAAAAAAACCCAUGGUUUUUUCCACUUCUUAAAAACUAAAAGCACAUCGACGAUGAUGAUGGUGGUGGUGAUUAAGGUGGUGGUGGUGGUGAUGAUAAUGAUGAUGGUGGUAGUGGUAGUGAUGAUGGUGGUAGUGGUAGUGAUGAUGGUGAUGGUGGUGGUGGUGAUGACGGCGAUUAUUAUUAUUAUUGGUUCGUUUUGCCUUUUGAGAUGAAAUCUUUCCAGCUUUCGACUCCUGAAAUCCAGAAAUAACCCAUUGCUGAGUUUCUGACUUUUCUACCACAGGUGAUAUUCUUUUCUGCUGGCUGCUUCCAAAUAAAUAGGUUUUGGUUGAUUGUUUUCAUCAACAUGUUGCUUCUGAAAAUCAGAAACCUCUAGGUUUAUUUUUCUCUCCAUUUUUGACCAUUUUUUGGGUUGAUCAGAGCUUCUAAAAUGCCAAGAACAGUAGGAAAUGGCCUUGGGUUCAUUCAGCUCUUUACUUAUCUUAAAGUUUAGAACUUGAAAAACCACUGCCUGCUUCUUUCCAUGUGUUUGCUUUCUCUGUGAAAUGUGGAACCUUCUUUCCUGUAAACCCCAGUCUCGUGGCAGGUGGAGCUCUCUGGAGCUAGGCUCUGUUAUCUGCAGAUUACCACAGACCAAGAAGAAAAAGCAAGGUAGCUGUGGCUUUAUUUCCUUGCUUGUGUUCCCGCUACCAGCCCCUCGCCAAUCCUUUGCUUAGCCCUGCCAGCUCUUUGCCGAUCCAAACUUGGAUAACCACCAUAGGGACUGAUUAUUCUGUGCUCACCCUCUGGCUCCAUUGCUCGCUGCCAAGAAGAUGGGAGCCCGACCACCUGCCCUUCUCUGACUGCUACUUUUCCAGGCUAAAGGUAAGUAGCACUUCAUUACAAAGUAAAAUAUCAGGAAACUGGGGCCAGUUGUCUGCUAGGACCUAGGCCCCGGUUGCAGGAUAGGGAUGGCCGUGCUGUGUUGUGAAGAGAAGCAGCUCCGGGGUGGCGCAGGGAUGCUAUCAUCAUGUGGACCAGGUGACACCUGAGAUGCAUGCACUUCUGCAAGAACAGAGUCAACCAAGGUAGGGAGGGAGACCCUAGAGAAGGAAGUCACUGCCGUUAUCAUAUUAAAUCGCUUCAGAAUUCAUCUUAAUCACUCGGGCAUUUCCCUCGAAGUCCUGGGCUCCCACACUGAACGUCUCUCCCAUGCUGUGGCAGCAUCUGAACCUCCAGAGAGGAGGAGGAUAGUAAGAGGGGGUUGAUUGCUAUUACUGCAGCCUUGUUGGUCUAGGCCCAUCCAUGGUCCCCGGUGUCCUGCUGGCUCAAUGCAGAUUUCAGGGGUGCGUGAUGUCUGUCUGGACCCAGAAAGAGCUUGCCCAGACCCCCGUUUCUGAUAGCUCCAUAGCAGUGGGGGGGUGCUGGGUCUCUUAAAACUUCCUGACCAAGAGAGUGCCAAUAAGGCCCAUGGAAGAGGCAUUGCAGGGAAGGUCCCUCAGGGUUGCUCGCGUGCCAUGGGUGCCAAGGGCAAUGUUCCCCUUUACAUCACGGUGCAGCUGCAGGCACAGGGUGUGCAUCUCCAUCCUCUAUGUCCCCACCCCACCACCUCCACCCCUGUCUCUGUGCCAUUAUUUCCUGCUAAAGUGGUGACAUAACCGGUGUGAGGUUUUCUCCUCUGCAGCUUUACACGUCUCUCAGUGCUGCUGUGAGCGCUUUGCACCCUGUACGACCACUCCCCAACCACAGAGGAGAAGGAGCGUGAGGCACGAAGCAUGCAGCCACUGCGUUUGUGCUCUCUGCAGCACAGAUCAUGCUUCUCAUCAUACGGCAAGCUCCCGUCCUACCGGGGCAGGAGUAGAGGCUCCCCUCCCCAUGCCCCAAGAAGGCGCUGUACGUCAGACCCAUCCUCACUUGCAACUACAUCACUUGGGUUCACUCAGCUCUGCUUCAGUACUUGAUGCCUUCCCUGUUCGUUGCAAGGGUGUCUGUGUGGGUCAGUCUCACUGGGGACAAUUCUGCUUUCUAGUAAUGACCUCCCUGUUGGAUGCACCCGUGGGCACUCAGAGCCUGCAGGAUGGAGCCCUUCAUGGGGAAAUCAGCCUGGUUCCUCCUUACUCGUAUCUUUGUUUGACUUCUUCCAGCCUCACUCCCCGCUGCUUGCUCGCCCUUCAGACACCGGCCACAAUGGAGGAAGUCCUCUGUCCCUUUCUGCUGUGCCUCCUCCUGCAUUUCCAAGCUCAGGGUAAGUGAGAAGGGGUUGCAUUUACCCCGGGUGCAGCCUAGAGAGGAUAUAGAACCACAGAAAAUGAGGGUUGGUAGGGUCCUUAGGAGCUCAUUGAGUCCAACCCCCUGCUCAAGGCAGGACCAGCCACAGCUAUAUCAUCCCAGCCAAGGCUUUGUGUAGCUGGGCCUUAAAAACCUCCAAGGAUGGAGAUGGCUCCACUUCUCUAGGUAACCCAUUCUAAG